AUGUCCGUAGAGGAGAAGCGGCCUAACGGCGGGCCCUCUACGAAGGAAUCACCGCCAGUUGCUCCACCACCAAAUGGCAGCCUCUGGGACAAGCUGCCGCCUUGGGCGUCGAAGAACCUACGUUCGGGGAAGUCCUGGAAGUUGCUCUUGAGAUGUUGGGUGGCCUCGUGGGUGUGUUUCGUGAUCAUGGUGCCAAACAAGUCGUUAGCGACCUUGGGGAAUACUGCGUUCUUCGCGCUGCUGCUGAGCAUCAUGAUACCGCCGAACAUGCCUGUGCAACUGUUCAUCUUUGCGGUCACGACUUUGGUGUUAGGUAUCGCACUAGGAUGGGCGAUAUCAUGCGCCGGUAUGGCUGCCGCGCUCGCAGUAAGAGAUCAAACACUGGUGAAGGCAACACUUCAGAAAGAGGCCACAAGCGCUGCUGGUCUUGCCAACCCCGACGCGCUGUUCCAGAACGCCAUCUUCAGAGGAGACUUCCUAGACACCAGGUCUACGGUCGUCUUCGGAGUCUUCAUGGGCUUCGGCUGCUUCAUCUUCGCGCUUGUCAGGGCGUACGCUCCGAAGCUCACGAUCAUGAGUGUCUUCGGCACGAUUGCUAUCGACAUAUUCUGCAGCUUCGGUCCGCUUUUCCCGGUCGCACAGUACACCCUCCUCAACUCCAUGCUGACUUCGGUCGCAUGCUACAUUGCGAUCGCGCUGGUGUUCAUCACCUUCGCAUUCCCGGAGACGCUCAACCAUUCUUACCUAGCGUUUUCGGCGGAGCUCCUCGGCAAGUUCCAGGGUAUUCUAGCCAUGCAGGAAGAGGUGUUGCGGACUGACCCGCAUGACAUCGUCACCGGCACUCCCCUUGCCACAAAGACAGCCAUGGCGCGUACUGGGAUGAUCAUGCAGCUUCAGCAGC